AUGGAACGUUUGAUUCGAUAUGGAAGUGUGAACGAGAUUCCAUUCUACAAUUGCUCAUGGAAGUCAUCUGAAGAAUGGAAUGAAAUGGGUUUGAAACGACCGAUUAUUGGAUGGUUUUUGGUGGUUUUUGGUGGAACUGUGGAGAUCCUCUACCUCCCAAUUCUUUACAUCAUCUUCAAAACCAAGUUGAUAAAAUAUGCCUGUUAUAAACUCAUCGUGUUUUUGGCACUCACGGAUAUGAGUGCUACAGUAUGCAGUUCAAUUAUCAGUGGAGUCCUCUACAUCCAAGGAGCCGUUUUCUGCACGUAUCCCACAUUUGAGUACAUCGCUGGAGGAUUUGCAAUUAAUACAUGGUGUAUGGCAUGUGCAAUAAACAUUGCAUUAUUCGCCAAUCGUGUAUGUAUUAGGUUGGCGGGAAAGUCUUUGUCACUCUGUUUGUUUAAUCACUGUUCUCGUAUAUGGAGGCUGUGUAUGAUAUCGACUCUAGUGAAUAACAAGGUGAUAAGAACCUUCCAUAUAAAUAAGUCCCCAUUUCCUUCCCUGCUCCUCAUCUGUAAUUGA